CAUACGCGUUUAAUGGUUGAACGUGUCGCUGCAGUUCAACUUCAAUCUAAUUCACGAUUUUCUCAACCCGCUUUGAAGCCAUCACUGCCUUUUCCGUCAUUGUCGUCGUCGAUUUCCUCCGAUUUGAAGCUAUUGUUGUCGCCGUCGUUCGUGGUUGCUGUUUCAGCACCUUGAAUCCAUCACUAAAGUUGUUGUAGUUGAACUGAAGGGGGCAGGCUCGCAAGAAGCCGUAAAUUAGAGUGUGUGAGGAUUUUGUCCAUCUAUAUAAAAACUUGUUUUUGCCAUUGAUGGUGGAGGAGAAUGGGGAAGCCAUUAAAAAUUAGGGUUGUAUGUCCAGAAAUUUGGAGAGGGGAUUUUGAGGGACCAAUCUGAAAAUAUCCAGAUCUGCCACUAUUGUCUAUUUCCUCCUAAACGACAUCUCUCUCUCCUAAAAACGUCUUGGACCCUUGCGGUUUCACCAAAGCACUUCCAAUCCCUCAGCUUAUCGAUCCCUUCUACAGCGAAACCCCACCCCUGAUGCUCCUCUCUCCUUGGCUUCCAGCGCCACCAUCUCCUUCGACCUAACUCACAAAAUCAGCUCCCAACCAGAACGCCGACGUUCCCUGGCUCCAUCGUCUCCUUCUCCACGAUCCCUACUCUAUUCCAACACUCCCGAAACUCACAGAACCCAGAAGCUCAGAGAACCCAAAAUUGCCAUACUCCUUCACCAUCGCCUCUCCCUCACCUGCCAAAAUACUGACCCGAAGCCCCCUUGCCCACCUCGUCAGUUCCUUCAUCUCCUCUCCCUUCCCGAUUCCGCACCUCAAAUACCCCUUUCAUUCUCUGGCGAUACCAACACCUUUACCAUUAAACCCAGUUGUGGCACCAUACCCACGAUUCUCCUUAGUCACUCUCGAGUAGACCCAUCUCAGACUUAACCAACAGCUCUGCAUCUAUUCCAGUUCGGAACUCAGCUUCCUCGCCGUGUCUGCUCCCGGACCCUCAUCUGAGCACAGAAUCGCAAUAUCAGUUCAAAGGGGCACCAGCAUUACUGGCCAGCAGAAACAGAGCAUUCGUUUGCCUCCAGACAGUAGAUUUACACUUGGGCAGUGACAGGCAUCCUUCCACCUGGGCAGUGACAGGCAUCCUUCCACCGGCUUCAACAUCAGAUUCUUGGGUCAAGAUUUGGGAUAUAUGUUGUACUUGCAUUAAUCCACUCUAUCUGCUAUGGAUGCUCUCAAAAUCAAGACAGAAAAUAUCAAUGAUAAACUUGUGGAGGGUAGGGGUUCAAAUGUGAAGAUAAAGAUCUUAUUCUUUGCCAGAGCUCGGGACAUAACUGGCUUGACUGAGAUGCCAUUAGAGGUAACAACUGGUAGCACUACAAGUGAUUGUUUGAAUAAGAUAGUUGCUAAGUUCCCCAGUUUGGAAGAGAUCCGUAGCUGCAUAGUUCUUGCUCUAAAUGAGGAAUACACAACCGAAGCUUCGGUUGUCAAAGAGAAAGAUGAGCUGGCAAUAAUACCUCCUAUAAGUGGUGGCUAAUUAUGCUCCCGCCAAAGGGUGAGCCGGUGUGCGUUCGUGUCGUGGCAUGAGCCUUGAGUUGAGGUCCCUUCAGCGGCAUGUCCCAUGGUCCUUUGGGAUCUCACACCGGUUGUGGAUGAGUGCAUGUGUGGACUUAUAUGUAAAUGAGCUUUGUCAAAGUCAUGGUUUUGACUUAAAUCCAAUAGUUGCAGUCUUUCUUUGAGUCCUAAUUGUGAAAAAAAAAAUGCUCAUGUCUUAAAAGGAUGUGCAAUGAAAAUAAGAUCAUUCUAUA